AUGUUCCAGAAGAUGUGCACAAUUUUCAAAAGUGGUGAAGUCAACCAGGUUGGACGUGGCAAUGUAUUUGCGCUUGAUCGGCAACUAGUGCUACCAACAUGCGAGCGACCUUUGCCACUUGCUCCAGAUGUGGAAUUCCAACAACUCCCAGUUCCGGCCGUGACCCAGAGUGACACUAGGAAGGCGCAGCUACUUGCAAUGAACACAACUGCGUCCUUGACCAUCAUAGACAUGAUUGAUUUGAGCGGCUCAUAUUUCUACGUAAAGGAUAUCUCAAAAAUGCCAGAUGCUGCACGUCUCAUCAGAAGACUUGUGUUUGCGAAGGCACCAAAUCCGGAAUGUGUUUCUGUUCCCGUAUUUCAAAGAGCAAGUCAACGCAGGCUCUACUUUGGUGAUGUCUACAACGUGACCGGGUACACCUUCCUGGAUGCAUACGCAUUCACCGGCCGCUGUGCUUGUGCAGGAAUUUGCUGUGGACAAGUGCCCAUACGCGAGAAAUUUAUGUACGGCCGCUACUACUACAAUUUCGACCGGACAUCAGGCGAAGUGGAAACCGAUGUGAAGCAAACCCUGUACGUUGCCGGCAUUCUGGAUGCCCACAACAGAACAAUCUUGGGCAUGAGCAAAUCUGGUUGCAGACUAAUGCUUACCGAAACUUAA